CUCUAUAGUAUUACCAUUCGAUAAACUACAACUCUUAUAGCCAUGUCUGGAAGAGGCAAGGGAGGCAAGGGACUCGGAAAAGGAGGCGCCAAGCGUCAUCGUAAGGUUCUCCGUGAUAACAUCCAGGGUAUCACCAAGCCUGCCAUCCGCCGUCUGGCUCGCCGUGGUGGAGUCAAACGUAUCUCUGGUCUCAUCUAUGAGGAGACCCGCGGGGUUCUCAAGGUAUUUCUGGAGAACGUCAUCCGUGAUGCAGUCACCUACACCGAGCAUGCCAAGAGGAAGACUGUAACUGCCAUGGAUGUAGUGUACGCUCUGAAGAGGCAGGGACGCACUCUGUACGGCUUCGGAGGUUAAACUGUAAUUCUGAGUCAUACUAAAAAGGCCCUUUUCAGGGCCACUAACUUUUCAAUAAUGAGAAAUUUUCCAUUUGCUCAACGAAAAUGCUUCUGGGGUAAACACUGUAUUAUAAAGAUCUACACGUGAAUAUUGACUUAAGUAUUAAUUAACGUUGUCAAAGUGGAAAUUUCAAUUGUAGCUCCAAUAAAAAAUCCAUCUGUGGUCCUCAAGUUUCUGCUCUUAAAAAGGAACAUAAACUUUGGAUGUUAAUAUCCAGUAACUGAUACAUUUUGACACAUUAAAGAUUUACAAAUAAAAAAUGAAUAAAACAAACUUCAA